AUGUCGCGCACCGUAGACCGUUUGUCCGGUGUUCCGUCAAUAAAACAAAUUCCCUGUCCGGUUACGAGGUCCGGUUUCCCUUGCGGCCGUAUCAUUGUUUGGAAUCCCAUGAAAACGCGUUCGCCAUCAAUGGUCACGGUGACCAGUAACAGCGACAGGAGCGUACGACCAAGAACAAUGGGGGGCUCGAAAGGUUGUCAGCAUGGCUCGGAUGCAUCCACUGCUUUGUGGUCGGCAGCAAAAAGUGGCGACUUCCAGAAGGUUCAAGGAUUGCUCCAGUGUUGUGCAGAUCCAUCAUAUUACUCCAAAACAGGAAGUCAAGCUCUUCACGAAGCUGCUUUCAAUGGACACAUUCCAACCAUUGAACUCCUUUUGAAAUAUGGUGCUGACCCUAAUUCAAAAAAGACCGAUGGUUGGGCACCCAUACAUCUUGCAAUUCGGAAAGAAAUCAAUGCAGUGGCUGUGGUCAAGGAGCUUUUGCAUGUAGGGGCUGAGGUCAACCUGGUGACCAGCGGUCCAAGCUUCACAGUGUACGACAUCGCGCGUAACGUACAGAUGUCGCCAGCAGUGAUGGACUUCCUGAGAGCCAACGGCGGCUUGGCGCUGCAUGAUAUCGCCGCCAAGUCCUCCCGUGAUGCGCGUCCUUACUCCGGUUCUCAACUUCAUCUGGCUGCGCGUUAUGGGGACACCACUGCAGUUCGUGACUUACUCAAAUGUCCAGAAAUGGCAAAGCAGGUGUCAGCUGUGGACUACGCCGGCGCCAUGCCAAUCCACGAAGCGGCUUUCCGUGGAUUCGCUGACAUUGUUGAGGCGCUGCUGGAGUCCGGGGCGGAUCCGAAUGCGCGGAAAGCUGAUGGAUGGACGGCGAUUCACUUGGCUGUGCGGCCGCAGAUUGAUCCGGUGCCAGUUCUGCUGGCGCUGAUUAAACAUGGCGCUGAUAUUCACUUGAAGACCAGGGAAGGCUUGACUGCUGAGCAAAUAGCGAAGCAAUAUCCGGGUGUCUCUGAGUCCACCAAAACUUUCUUAUCCUUGGAAGUUUGGCUUGAAGAGGAUUGCAAUGGAGAUGGGGUCUUUUCUUGUGCUGAUCACGCACUUUCGCUCGAAAAUCGAGGAAUGCAUUGCACAAUUGAUGAAGCUUCAAAAAGGAAGCUAUAUGAAGACCUGGCGGUUUGCGAACACGAUCCGAACGCUGACCUGCCCCUGGAUUUGGGUCCUUUCCUCAGGAAGAAACAGGUUUCCCCCGCUGGCUAAUUUCUCUAGGCUUUUAAAAACCUGGAGGAAUCUUGUGAAAAUUGUAAUUGUGUGUAGACUGCACUUAUCCAAGAUGAUUCUAUUUCUAAGGAGUGUUUGUAGUGUUUUUUCCGAUUUUUUACUUGUCGAAUAUUGAUCCAUGGCAUGGAUAUUUUCAAACUUAUCAUUAUUCGCGAUAUGUUUCGCACAAUUUUUGAAAUAACCAAGAUCUCAGAAGCUUUUGAGUCAAGAGCAAGGAAACUCCAGAAACUAAAGGUGAAGAAUAUCUUUUAGUUCAUUCAAUCUCGAAAGAACAAACGAGCAACGAUGUUUUAAAAUUCAAAACGGAAUAAUGGCAACAUUUUCUUUUUUUGGACCUCAGAAAAAUAUCUUAUACCGGACUCGGCGAACGACGGAAUCAUGUGGACUAUUGUGGGGAUUCAUUUUGGAACGAACUUGAAUCAAUAAAAAAAAUACGGUUUCAAAAAGA